AUGUUAAAUAAAUAUAUUCAGUUUCCUGACACUCCAAAUGCCAGACAAGCAAUUAGUCAAAGGUUUUCUGAUAAAUAUAGAAUACCAGGGGUUAUUGGUUGCAUUGAUUGCAGUCAUUUUAGAAUACAUGGGCCACCAAAAGAAGAAGAGCAUCAGUACUAUUGCCGUAAACACUAUCAUUCUUUAAAUGUUCAAAUGGUAUGUGAUGAUGAAUAUCGGAUCCUUAAUGUUAAUGCAAAAUUUGGAGCUUUAGAACAUGAUGACAUCCAAGACCAUGAUGAGAGGAUUAGCACAGAGAGAGAGAGAAAUUCUACCAAUGAUUUAAUUAGAGGGAGGGUAUUAAGGGAUCAAUUAGUAAGAAGAUUACAGCAGCAA